CGGAGCGAGGUGGCCGCAGCGUCCCCGCGCGCGGCCCGGGCCGGCAGGAUCGCGGAGCCGCCGCCGCCACCUCCUCGGCCAUGCGGCUCCGGAGCCAGGGCCCUGAGUUGGGGCCCGCACCACCCCCCACGCACCGCCCCCGCUGAGCCCGCGCCCCACCCGGCGCCGCCGGCACCAUGGUGCAGAAGUCACGCAACGGCGGCGUGUACCCCGGCCCGAGCGGGGAGAAGAAGCUCAAGGUGGGCUUCGUGGGGCUGGACCCCGGAGCGCCCGACUCCACUCGGGAUGGCGCGCUGCUCAUCGCGGGCUCUGAGGCCCCCAAGCGCGGCAGCAUUCUGAGCAAGCCGCGCGCCGGCGGCGCGGGUGCCGGGAAGCCCCCCAAGCGCAACGCCUUCUACCGCAAGCUGCAGAAUUUCCUGUACAACGUGCUGGAGCGGCCUCGCGGCUGGGCGUUCAUCUACCACGCCUACGUGUUCCUGCUGGUCUUCUCCUGCCUCGUGCUGUCCGUGUUCUCCACCAUCAAGGAGUACGAGAAGAGUUCGGAGGGUGCGCUCUACAUCCUGGAAAUUGUGACCAUCGUGGUGUUUGGUGUUGAGUACUUUGUGCGGAUCUGGGCCGCCGGCUGCUGCUGCCGGUAUCGUGGCUGGCGGGGGCGACUCAAGUUCGCCAGGAAGCCGUUCUGUGUAAUUGACAUCAUGGUGCUCAUUGCCUCCAUUGCGGUGCUGGCUGCCGGCUCCCAGGGCAACGUCUUCGCCACAUCUGCGCUUCGGAGCCUGCGGUUUCUGCAGAUCCUGCGGAUGAUCCGCAUGGACCGAAGAGGCGGCACCUGGAAGCUGCUGGGCUCUGUGGUCUAUGCCCACAGCAAGGAACUGGUCACUGCCUGGUACAUAGGUUUCCUUUGCCUCAUCUUGGCCUCCUUUCUGGUGUACUUGGCUGAGAAAGGCGAGAACGACCACUUCGAUACCUAUGCAGAUGCACUGUGGUGGGGCCUGAUCACCCUGACGACCAUUGGCUAUGGGGACAAGUAUCCGCAGACCUGGAACGGGAGGCUUCUGGCAGCAACCUUCACCCUCAUCGGUGUUUCCUUCUUCGCUCUCCCGGCGGGCAUCCUGGGGUCUGGUUUUGCCCUGAAGGUUCAGGAGCAGCAUCGGCAGAAGCACUUUGAGAAGAGGCGAAACCCAGCAGCGGGCUUGAUCCAGGCCGCCUGGAGAUUCUAUGCCACCAACCUGUCACGCACGGAUCUGCACUCCACGUGGCAGUACUACGAGCGCACCGUCACCGUGCCCAUGUACAGCUCACAAACUCAAACCUACGGGGCCUCCAGACUGAUCCCCCCUCUCAACCAGCUGGAGCUGCUGAGGAACCUCAAGAGCAAGUCUGGACUCACCUUCAGGAAGGAGCCCCAGCCGGAGCCAUCCCCAAGUCAGAAGGUCAGUUUGAAAGAUCGUGUCUUCUCCAGCCCCCGAGGCGUGGCUGCCAAGGGGAAGGGGUCCCCUCAGGCCCAGACUGUCCGGCGGUCACCCAGCGCAGACCAGAGCUUGGAGGACAGCCCAAGCAAGGUGCCCAAGAGCUGGAGCUUUGGGGACCGCAGCCGGGCACGCCAGGCCUUCCGGAUCAAGGGUGCCGCAUCUCGGCAGAACUCGGAAGAAGCAAGUCUACCGGGGGAGGACGUCGUGGAUGACAAGACCUGUAACUGCGAGUUUGUGACCGAGGACCUGACUCCGGGCCUCAAAGUCAGCAUCAGAGCUGUGUGUGUCAUGAGGUUCCUGGUGUCCAAGCGAAAGUUCAAGGAGAGUCUGCGGCCAUAUGAUGUGAUGGAUGUCAUCGAGCAGUACUCUGCUGGCCACCUGGACAUGCUGUCCCGUAUCAAGAGCCUGCAGUCCAGAGUGGACCAGAUCGUGGGGCGGGGCCCGGCGAUCACCGAUAAGGACCGCACCAAGGGCCCAACUGAGGCGGAGCUGCCAGAGGACCCCAGCAUGAUGGGGCGGCUGGGGAAGGUGGAAAGACAGGUGCUGUCCAUGGAGAAGAAGCUGGACUUCCUGGUCAACAUCUACAUGCAGCGAAUGGGCAUCCCCCCCACAGAGACGGAGGCCUACUUUGGGGCCAAGGACCCGGAGCCGGCGCCACCGUACCAUAGCCCGGAGGACAGCCGUGAGCCGGUGGACAAGCAUGGCUGCAUCAUUAAGAUCGUGCGCUCCACCAGCUCCACAGGUCAGAAGAACUUCUCGGCGCUGCCAGCUGCACCCCCAGCCCAGUGUCCGCCCUCCACCUCGUGGCAGCAGCAGAGCCACUCGCGCCAGGGCCACGGCACCUCCCCAGUGGGGGACCAUGGCUCCUUGGUGCGCAUCCCGCCGCCGCCUGCCCACGAGCGGUCGCUGUCUGCCUAUGGCGGGGGCAGCAGGGCCAGCACGGAAUUCCUGAGGCAGGAGGAUGCCCCCGCCUGCCGGGCCCAUGAGGGCGCCCUACGGGACAGCGACACAUCCAUCUCCAUCCCAUCCGUGGACCACGAGGAGCUGGAACGCUCCUUCAGCGGCUUCAGCAUCUCCCAGUCCAAGGAGAACCUGGAUGCCCUCAGCAGCUGCUACGCGGCCGUGGCGCCUUGCGCCAAAGUCAGACCCUACAUUGCGGAGGGCGAGUCCGACACAGACUCGGACCUUUGCACCCCCUGUGGGCCCCCGCCCCGCUCAGCCACAGGUGAGGGCCCCUUUGGGGACAUGGGCUGGCCUGGGCCCAGGAAGUGAGGCCAUGAGGCUGCUGGACGUCCACCACCCUCUCCAACUUGUGCCUCUGAGGCUUUGAGGCGGGGACCCCAUGGGCCCUUUUCUUAGAGUAACUGGAGUGAGUGGGGGACUGAAGUACAGGACACCUUGUGGCCACAUUUUACAAAAGUUUUUUCCAACAGGGUGGAUGGCUGGUUGGGGCCUCUGGUGGCCCAGGAGCACAUGCUGGGGCAGCAAGGCCACCCUGUCCACUUUGCUCAAGGCUGAGGAGCAGAUCCGUGUGGGGGCUAGAGCGAUGACAAGGGUGCAGC